AUGCCGACACCUACGGGCAACCCCAGAGAUGUGGUGGCUGAUGAGAGCCAUCUCGGUAUCAUUAUCGGGGUGCAGACGGCACUGACGGUCUUGGCCGUUGUUGUCGUCUGUCUCCGUCUAUAUGUUCGGGUGAAGAUUGUCAGGAGUUCCGGGUGCGAUGACUGGACUAUGGCUCUCGCGGCGCUCUGCUCCCUCGGCGGCUGGGUUCUCUACGUCUACAAGGCAUGUCACGGCCUAGGCCACCACAUCAAAUUCCUAGGCGACAUGGAUAGAAUGAAGUUGAGCGAAGCGGCGUUCUGGCAGGUCAUUAUCUGCUCGGCUACCGGGAUCGCCUUGCUCAAGAUAUCUAUCGCUUUGAAUUUGCUGCGGUUCAGCCCGACCCGAUGGUACACCAUGUCUUUAUGGACAAGUAUUGCAUUCGUCGCCGCAUACAGCUUCAUGGGCGCAAUGACAUUCUUCCUCCACUGCAAACCAAUGCAGGCACAUUGGGAUACGCGCAUCAAAGACGCGAAGUGCUACUCGGUACACCUAUUCGUCGUCUUCGCGCUAAUAAAUACAUUGACAGCCUUCAACAUCUUCACCGACGUCCUCUUCGCAACGAUCCCGAUCCCGAUCGUCUGGAAUCUGCGCAUGAAACGCCGAGUCCGCAUGUAUCUAAUCGGCGUCUUCAGUCUCGGCUACUUCACAGUUGGUCUCGGCGUCAUCAAAGCAGUAGCGCAACUCGCAUACCCCAAUGAGACGGACAUCUUCUUCAAUGACUCCAUUCUCUUCUGGGGCCUUGCCCAAUUCAAUGUUGGAAUCCUGACCGCCUGCGUCCCGUCCCUUAAGCCUCUUGCCACGAGAGCUCUCAAACUAUCCGAAUACACGCAGUCACGCUCGCGCUCACACGGACUAUAUGGAAGGAGAUCGACAGGUCGGUGGACCAGCAGCAGGCGUAGUCGUCGGGUGUUCUCGAUACACAGACGGGACCAGUAUGGGAUCGAGGAGUUGCACAGCCAUGACGUGUCUACGCGCAGCCAGUCUGAUGAAGUGAAGCUCACGCCGUACGGAGCAACGGUAUCGUUCACGGCUCAUGCCGAGAGGGGGAGGCUUGAGAGUAGCAGUGAGAUUGACGAGAAUGUGGGUGCCGAAAUGUCUCCAGAAAGGCGCGUGGUGGGAGGUAUCUUGAAAACAACGCAAACUACGGUCGUUAGUAGUAGAGCUGCCGAUUAG